AUGGCAGCCAAAUUUGCAAUAAACCCGACAGGAGAAAAAGAAAGGAACCAUGCAGCACUGAAUUACCAUAUCAUUGUAACUGUCUCCCAUUUGAACUAUUACUUUCUUUUUUUUUUCUUUCGAUCGUUCGUUCUUUCUUUCCUCAUCUUUUCAUUGCCUUCUCCCCUUCUCUCUGUUACUUUCUGCCUCUUCUUUUCCAUUCCUGUACUUAAUUAUAUUUCCUUUUCUUUCUUUCUUUCUUUCUUUCUUUCUAAUAGCUUCCGUCUCUCCAAUUCUUUCUUUAACUCACCCUUGAUUCUCUUCAUUCUUCCCCUCUCUUCUAAUGUUAUUCUUUUCGCCUUCUCUCAUACAAUAUUUGUGGCCGCAGCCAAAUACUAUCCCUAUUCCUAUCUAUCUAUCUAUCUAUCUAUCUAUCUAUCUAUCUAUCUAUCUUACGCCUCAUUACACCUUUCUCUUAUUUCUCCCCUACCUUCUCUAUUUUUAUUGCUAAGCAAAUUGAUUGGCAAUGGGUUAAUUCACAAAACGCACAAAUAUACUUAUAUCUAUCUAUCUAUCUAUCUAUCUAUCUAUCUAUCUAUCUAUCUAUCUAUCUAUCUCUCUCUCUCUCUCUCUCUCUCUCUCUAUAUAUAUAUAUAUAUAUAUAUAUAUAUAACACUUAGCACAGACAUAUCCCCUUUACAGGAACCAAUAAAACUUCAAUCAUCAUAUCAUCUAUCUAUCUAUCUAUCUAUCUAUCUAUCUAUCUAUCUAUCUAUCUAUCUAUCUAAAUCAAUCAUUUGUUUUUUAUAA